AUGGAACAAAUGCGCAAGGAUAACAAGGAACUUAGGCAGACGUGUAGGGAACUGACCGAUCGCUUGCAGAAUAUCAACUUAGCUGAGUUACGGAAGAAGGCAACUAAUCCUCAAAACAAUUCGGAAGUACCUUCGCGACAGACCGAACCUCCGCUGAACCAAUCUUCGUCGAAAACGAACCAGUUUCAACCGUCGGCGCAGAACCAGGAACCGCCGCCGCCGGACAAUCGACAGAACCCACAGUUCAGCCAAGGUUUGCAACUCCCUCCAAAUCCAUCAAACCAAACCUCUCAGUCGUACCAGUGGCCGAGAUCAAGCAAAUGGUCGAAUCCUCAGCAGAAUCGUGGAGUUCCACCACCUCCAAACCAAACUCCCCAGUUGUACCAAUGGCCGAUGUCGAAUCCUCAGCAGAAUCGCGGAGUUCCACCAACUUCAAACCAGACUCCCCAGUUGUACCAGUGGCCACAACAGGAGCAGGGUAACCAGUUUGGUCUCCCAGGACAGAACAACCGUUCGCAACCAACGGGGCAAGGGAACACGGUCAAUGGGAACCAAACGCCGUCGCAGGGUAAUCAAUUCCAACCGCGGAACGCGCAGAACAACCAGUCGCAGCCAUUGGGACUGACUUUGCGCUUGCAUCGACCGCCGUUUGGAAAUGAAGCUUCCGGAAGUCACGGUGGCUACGAUGACCACGGAGAUGAGGAUGACGACUCUGAAGAUGAUGGCGAUGACGUUCAGGGAAUUUCAUACCAUUUGAAGGACCAGACGCCGCCGAACGGAGCAGUACGACAGACGGAUUGA